AUGGCCACUGGGUUGAAGUACACCACAGAGCAACUGAAUUACUACAGGAUUUGUUACGUUGUCACUGACAUACUAACUGAGGGUCUGCGAACCAUCUUCAAACAAGAAUGGGACAAUCGAUACAAGACAACACUGGGAGAAUGGAAAGAUCAACCCAAAAAUGGAAUGGACUUCUGGAAUGGCGAGUCUACUCGAAACAGAAAAAGAAACGCUGGGCUGUUGAAAACCAUGAAGAAUGGCGAUAGAGCUGAGUGGGAUUGUACCAUGCUGUUUUACGCUAUCCUGUAUUCAGAUUGCAUAUAUUCACUCAAUCCAUCAAUUAGAUCAAAUGUGGACGACCUAAGGAAAUUUCGAAAUGAAGAAUUUGCACAUAUGCGACGGGGCCACCUCUCCAACGGAGAUUUCCAAAAUGUUAUUACAAAGGUUAAAACUGCAUUCCACGCAAUCGGUCUCCCGACAUUGAAAAUCAAUGAAGUUCAAAAUCAGACAAACUUCUUAACAGAGGAGUUAGACGAGGUUUUAAGGAAGGUGGACGACUUGAAACAAGAAGUUAACAAGAAGGAAAAGGAAGUUCUAGAAAAGGACAAGGAAGUUCAACAAAAAGAAGAACAGAGGCUUGCCUUAGAAGAGCAAUUACAUUCCGAUGUCUCUCCAUUUUGCAUUCUCCCUCCCAAACCUAGCCACGACAUCGCUCCUCGGGAAUCUGAAGUUGGUGAAGUUUUACAAAACCUCCAAACACUAAAAGACGCCAAUGAUGGGUUGAGCAUGCUGUAUUUGUCAGGAAAUCCGGGAAGUGGAAAAUCUCAGCUGGCCCGUUUAGCAGCCAAGCGAUUUUACGACGAGGUCGAACAAAUACCUUCCGCAGCUUCAUUUGUCAUGACGUUGAAUGCUGAAAACUCAGAAGCACUUUUGAAAUCGUAUGUCCUUUUCGCUCAACAUUGCAAAUGUCCCGGGUAUGAAAUAACAAACACUUACCGCUCCAAGGAUUUGAACACAGACGAGAAGAUUUCAUAUUUCAAGACCUUAAUAAGUACAAAAAUUGAGCAUUACACUUCAUGGCUGUUGGUAGUUGAUAAUGUGACCAGCGUAUCUCGUACAAGCGAUCAUUUGCCAGAUGCAGGAAACGAGCUAUGGGCAAGGGGUCAGAUGCUAAUAACAACACAAGAUACUGCGUCUAUACCGUUGUCAAGCUCUUCCAUACGAAAUAUCUCAAUCAGCGCAGGAAUGCAUCCUGAUGAUGCAUGCUCUCUGCUUAACCUCCUCACUGGAACCACGGAUGUCGAGAUUAUAAAAGAAACUGCGAAAGUACUCGACUACCAGCCACUUGCCUUGGCAGGCGCAGCCACGUAUGUAAGACAAGUUCGUCAGAAUAAAGCAACCUCGAAAUUUGGCUGGACCGACUAUUUGAAGAAAUUGGAAAUGGGGAAACGAAGUGCUACUGAAAACAUUCUUGCUGAGACAAAUCCAAGCUAUUCAAAGUCCAUGACCAAAGCAAUAACACUCGCCGUCGAAAAGGCGAUGGCAGAUGACAUAAUUUGGCAUCGCACGUUCCUUUUUCUCUCAAUGUGUGCAUCACAGCCGAUCCUGCAAGACAUUAUUACCGAGUAUAUCAAAGCAACUGAUGACGAUUUUGAAGAUGAAGAUGAAGAUAUGAUAAGAACAAGGAUGAGUCGAUGUUCACUGUUGCUAAUUGAAGAAGAAUCAACUGGUGUUUAUAUUCGAGUCCAUGGUGUGGUUCUUGAUGUUAUUAAAUCUGCGACAAAAGGUUUCGCAAAGGAUCAAAGCUACAAAGUGGUGUAUGGCGCGGUAACGUCUUUCUCAAAAUUUGAAGAGCUAGAAUCUAUUGUUGUGGGAACAAGAAUAGUUCCCCAUCUUCAAACGUUGAGCUUAAAAAUUGAAGACAUGUCACUCGGGAAAGGAUUACCAGAAGCGACCGAAAGAGCCUUGUGUAAUUUUCUGGAUGGCCUUUGGAGCCUUAAUUACAUGUGCCUAAACCAUAGUGAGUUUAGAGCGGCGCUAGUCUAUGGUAAAUGGCUGUUAAAAAUUCAUAUGAAACAGCUGGGACCUGAGCAUGUUGAUGUUGCAAGGUGUUACAACAAUCUGGGUAAUUUACACAGUGAUCUGGGCGACACAGAUGAAGCAAAAGACUGCUAUAAGCGUGCACUAAAGAUUCAGAUGAAACAGCUGGGACCUGAGCAUGUUGAUGUUGCAAGCUCUUACAACAAUCUGGGUACUUUACACAGUGAUCUGGGCGACACAGAUGAAGCAAAAGACUGCUAUAAGCGUGCACUGGAGAUUCAGAUGAAACAGCUGGGACCUGAGCAUGCUCAUGUUGCAACCUCUUACAACAAUCUGGGUGUUGUACACAAGGCUCUGGGCGACACAGAUGAAGCAAAAGACUGCUAUAAGCGUGCACUGGAGAUUCAGAUGAAACAGCUGGAACCUGAGCAUGCUGAUGUUGCAAGCUCUUACAACAAUCUGGGUAUUUUACACAGUGAUCUGGGCGACACAGAUGAAGCAAAAGACUGCUAUAAGCGUGCACUGGAGAUUCGUCUGAAAAAGCUAUGACCUGAGCAUGUUGCUGUUGGAAGGUCUUACAACAAUCUGGGUACUUUACACAAGGCUCUGGGCGACACAGAUGAAGCAAAAGACUGCCAUAAGCGUGCACUGGAGAUUCAGAUGAAACAGCUGGGACCUGAGCAUGUUCAUGUUGCAAGCUCUUACAACAAUCUGGGUAAUUUAUAUAAGGCUCUGGGCGACACAGAUGAAGCAAAAGACUGCUAUAAGCGUGCACUGGAGACUCGUCUGAAACAGCUGGGACCUGAGCAUGUUCAUGUUGCAACCUCUUACAACAAUCUGGGUACUUUACACAGUGAUCUGGGCGACACAGAUGAAGCAAAAGACUGCUAUAAGCGUGCACUGGAGAUUCAGAUGAAACAGCUGGGACCUGAGCAUGUUCAUGUUGCAACCUCUUACAACAAUCUGGGUGUUGUACACAAGGCUCUGGGCGACACAGAUGAAGCAAAAGACUGCUAUAAGUGUGCACUGGAGAUUCAGAUGAAACAGCUGGGACCUGAGCAUGUUGAUGUUGCAAGCUCUUACAACAAUCUGGGUAUUGUACACAAAGCUCUGGGCGACACAGAUGAAGCAAAAGACUGCUAUAAGCGUGCACUGGAGAUUCGUCUGAAAAAGCUGGGACCUGAGCAUGUUGAUGUUGGAAGGUCUUACAACAAUCUGGGUACUUUACACAAGGCUCUGGGCGACACAGAUGAAGCAAAAGACUGCUAUAAGCGUGCACUGGAGAUUCAGAUGAAACAGCUGGGACCUGAGCAUGUUGAUGUUGCAAGGUCUUACAACAAUCUGGGUACUUUACAUAUGGCUCUGGGCGACACAGAUGAAGCAAAAGACUGCUAUAAGCGUGCACUGGAGACUCGUCUGAAACAGCUGGGACCUGAGCAUGUUGAUGUUGGAAGGUCUUACAACAAUCUGGGUACUUUACACAAGGCUCUGGGCGACACAGAUGAAGCAAAAGACUGCUAUAAGCGUGCACUGGAGAUUCAGAUGAAACAGCUGGGACCUGAGCAUGUUGAUGUUGCAAGCUCUUACAACAAUCUGGGUAAUUUACAUAUGGCUCUGGGCGACACAGAUGAAGCAAAAGACUGCUAUAAGCGUGCACUGGAGAUUCAGAUGAAACAGCUGGGACCUGAACAUGUUGAUGUUGCAAGCUCUUACAACAAUCUGGGUAAUUUACAUAUGGCUCUGGGCGACACAGAUGAAGCAAAAGACUGCUAUAAGCGUGCACUGGAGAUUCAGAUGAAACAGCUGGGACCUGAGCAUGUUGAUGUUGCAAGCUCUUACAACAAUCUGGGU